AUGGGAGAUGCGCCUCGUGUGACUCCCCGCCAGAUCUGGGCGAACCCAACAACAGCAUCAACUCAUACGUAUGCUUCUGGGUGUACGCCAUUUGUCUUGCCUAGCGAUGGAGUCAUACAUGUGAAUAGUUCAUAUGCACUCACUUUGACCGGAAAUGCUGUCUACGAGCCCGUUUGUACCGGCGACCCAUCCGAUUACAUUCAUGUCUCUGCCAUCCUGGACACCCGCGAUCCGUUCUACUCCUCCGUCACACCGCAACUCUAUGCUAUCGGCUGCGCAACAGUUGUCAGUUACGUUCUCGUCAUCAUCCUUCUCAUCACCCCGCGCACAUUCUACGUGGGCGGUCCUGGCGGCGGCGCAAACUUCCUCGGGCGGCAUGGCAUGAUCAGCGGUUCAUAUAGUGGCAACUCAUCAGUUGUCGGCGUCGGUGGUCGACCGUGGUUGCAAAAAGUGGCUGCGAUUCUCGUUGCAAUUUCGUUGACCAUCGCAACGGUGGACUCAUUCAAAGUCGCCGAGCGCCAGUAUGACUACGGGUUCUCGGAUGCCGAGGCGCUUUCGGAGGAAGUUAUCGAUGGCACAGAGAUUCGCAUCGUUCGCGUCAUAUCCAGCACGUUUCUCUGGUUGGCGCAGGUCCAGACGUUGAUUCGAUUGUUUCCGCGACAUAAAGAGAAAGUUAUGAUCAAAUGGGCGGGCUUUGCGCUGAUUGUGCUGGAUACGACAUUUAGUUGUUUGGAGAACUUUAUGGUACGGAAUACCUCGACACACCCACGUUUAUACGACGAUGCGAUCCCCGCGCUGAGCUAUCUGUUCGAAUUGGCUCUCAAUUUGUUGUAUGCGGCUUGGGUUAUUUUCUAUUCGAUAUCGAAACACCGCUAUGCGUUCUUUCACCCCAAGAUGCGCAAUAUCUGCUUCGUGGCUCUAUUAUCGCUCUGUGCGAUUUUGAUCCCAGUUAUAUUCUUCGUCUUGGACAUUGCAAAACCGGAGAUUGCUGGAUGGGGUACGUAUGUCAGAUGGGUAGGCUCGGCCGCGGCCAGUGUGGUUGUGUGGGAAUGGGUGGAGCGUAUAGAAGCGCUUGAACGAGAUGAAACGAAGGAUGGAAUCCUUGGAAGAGAGGUAUUUGACGGGGACGAGAUGCUCGAGGUCACACCAUCAGAAGAGGUCGAUUGGCCCCGCUACUCGUCUCAAGGACAUGACAAGGGAGGUGGAAACGGCACGUCGUCAGGAUGGGGAGGAAUGAUAGGGCUGGGUGGUCGACCGCUGCGGACGCGAGUCGGCAUUCCUCGUGGGAAUAGGAAUCGUGGCAAUGGAGUGCUUGGACAGAACGAUACAGCCAUGCCUCCUCGACGCAAUCCUCGUCCUACUCCCCCACCGGCUGCAGUGACACCCGUAAGUCGGGCUGAUACUACCAGUGCCGCGAGCACAGUGUACAAUGUUCGGUACCACCCAGUGGCUAGCCCAACACCACCCGUGGCAAUGCCACACAUGGAAGAGGAAGAUGAACUAGAAGAUCCUAAAGAGAUGGAGAUCGAAGCUGCCUAUGACUCUAACGCUGCCGAGCACGAUCCUUCGGCUCAGGAUGCCAGAGAACAAUCACCGCAGAUCGUCUCCUCUGACCCAAGGUGGCUCGCUCUACUCAACCCAUUCAAGAGGAGACGCGGAUCGUUGCCCAAGGAGGUUGCUUCCGCCCAAGCUGGCGAGGAACAAGGCGAGGAGGAUGGCGACACCGAUUCGUAUGAUGAUGAGCAUCAGUCACACCCCACGCAGCCACGGGGCAACAACAAUUUCUUCUCACUUCACCGGAAGCGGUAUCCUGGUGCGGGAACGCAAAAUGCAGAUGCGCCUUUGCCUGUUACCGUGAUCCCAGCUCGUCGUCGAGGUCAGCAGCACACUUGGUCCCCCCAGAACCCGCUUCUGGAGAUUCCCUCCACUCACGAGUCCCACUCUGGCCGCUCUGGCCGCUCUGGCCGCUCUGGUCUGCCCGUGAGGGUUAUUCCCUCUCAACCGCAGGCCUCUGCUCCCUGGACAGAUAUGGAUCUUGAGAACGGGGAUAGAGAUUACACUUUGCGUUAUGAUCCCGACGCCGCUGCGUUGAUCGAUGAAGACGUGAGCCGUACCCGUGAGGAGCCCCCUAAUACAGGCGACCGGGCCAGCUGGACAGAAACGACCGUCUCAGAUGAGCGCAAUGAUACUCCAUCUGGCCAAGCAGGUUCCCAACAGGGUGGUGGUCAUAGCCACGCUACCUCAUGA